AUGGGGCGUAAUUUCUUCCAAAUUUUGCCAUCAGAAAUCACCACCAACAUCCUCUCACGCCUCCCAUUCCGAAGCGUUGCAAUCAGCAAAUGCGUUUGCAAAUCAUGGCUCAAUCUGCUCAAUUCCGAUUAUUUUGAUAUAAAAUUCCCGCCCGCCCUAGUUACCUUGAAGAUGAACUUAUCUCGUUGCAAGAUAUUCGAAAUCGAAGACAAAGACGAAGCCGAUUUGGAGAGCCACGAUCUUCACUACGUUCCGCUCACGGAUUUCGAUAUCCCUCACAGAAGCAGAAAAAUGAGAGUUACCGCUGCUGAUGGCUUGCUUCUUCUAUACUCGUAUAUCGAUGAUCCUGAAACUCUUAACGUAUGCAAUCCUCUCACUCGUGAAUAUAUCGUGCUCUGCAGGCCUAAGGAUAACACCUUAUUUGAUUGUAUGUUUGCUUUUUGUGUGAGCAAAAUAAGUGGGCGGUAUAAGGUGGUCUGUAUCUGUCGGACCUUCUAUGAAUCCGACUAUUUUCUAGUAUACACCCUCGGAACAGGAAUAUGGAGGCCCGUUGAAACCAGCGCUGCUUAUGCUUUCAUAUUAUAUCAUUAUGGACAAGUAGGAUAUAAUGGAAACCUCCAUUAUAUUGUAACUGAUUUAGUUCAACACUCCUUUCAGCUGUGUGGUUUCGAUGCAGAAACAGAAUGUUUUAGCAUCUUCUCUCCUCCUCCAGCUAUAGCUCUUCCUAUAGAUGGAGAUGUGGGGUUUUAUUUUGAAAUGACUGUUUAUAGGGACUGUCUGUGUUAA